AGGAGGAGGCGGCGACGCGGAGGAAGGUGAGGAUGGAGCCCGGCAAGGAAGCCCCGGACUCCUCCGUCGGGGAGGACCCGGAGGCUGCUUCCUCCUCCUCCUCGGCUUCCUCCUCCUCCUUCCAGGCCCGUCUUUGGCGGAACCUGCAGCUGGGCAGCAAGAGCAAAAGCCGGGCGGGCAUCAGCGGGCGCCGCAGUGCGGAGACCUCGCCGUCCUUGCCCCGCGCCCAAGGGGAGCCCGGGCCCCACAAGUGGGCCGGCUUCCGCCGCAGGAAGCCCGUCCUGGACCGGGUCUUCUCCUCCUCGCAGCCCAACCUCUGCUGCAACUCGACCGAGCCCUUGGAGACCCCCGGAGGGCCCGAAGGCGGCUCGGCGCUGCGCCGCUUGCGGGAGCACAUCCUCCACCCGCACCCGCGCCCGCCCCGCAGCAAAGGCAACACGCCUCCUUCCUCCGCCUCGUCCUCGGUGGCCUCCUCGCCCCGGCUGCCCCGGGAGAAGAGGAGCGCGGAUGGGGCGCCCAAGGCAGAGGAGAAGCAGGAGGAGGAGCAGGAAGAGAAGGAGGGGAAGGGGCUGCCUCCCAAGCACCAGCAGCAGCACCAGCAGCACCUGUCCCACCAGAAGAGCUCCUCACUCCCGGGCACCGCUUGCUUGGAGCAGCUGCUGCAGGAGUCGCCCACCAAGGGCAAGGGCAAGGCCGGCGGCGGAGCAAGCAGCAGCCCCAAGGCCAGCCCGCGCCCCGCCCCCAGGACCCCGCAGAGAACCAAUCCUGCUGGAACAAGCAAUUCAGAAUUACCCCAGGCGGAUCCUGGAAUGUUCCAGUUGGACAUUACGUUAAAAAGUGGUCACAAUUUAGCUGCUCGUGAUCGAAGAGGGACAAGUGAUCCGUAUGUCAAAUUUAAAAUUGGUGGGAAAGAAUUCUUCAGAAGUAAAACAAUCCAUAAGAAUCUUAAUCCUGUAUGGGAAGAAAAAACUACUAUCAUUAUUGAACACUUAAGGGAACAGCUGUAUGUAAAGGUAUUUGAUUAUGACUUUGGGCUUCAAGAUGACUUCAUAGGGUCAGCUUUUUUGGAUCUGAAUUCACUAGAACAAAACAGGCCAAUUGAUGUUACCCUAAGUCUGAAGGAUCUACAUUAUCCAGAUGAAGACCUUGGGACUAUAUUAUUGUCUGUGCUGCUGACACCAACAGACCAAAGGGAAGGGACAAUGCUAAUGAGGAAGAGUUGGAAAAGAUCAAGUAAGUUUCAGACUCAGAGUAUACGCCUGUCGGACCUGCACAGAAAAGCUCAGCUAUGGAGAGGAAUUGUCAGUGUCACUUUGAUUGAAGGCCGUGAACUCAAGGCCAUGGAUCCAAAUGGGCUUAGUGAUCCUUAUGUGAAAUUCCGGCUAGGACAACAGAAGUACAAGAGUAAGAUUAUGCCAAAAACUUUGAAUCCUCAGUGGAGGGAACAAUUUGAUUUUCAUCUCUACGACGAAAGAGGUGGAAUUAUUGAUAUCACAGUCUGGGACAAAGAUGCUGGGAAAAAAGAUGAUUUUAUUGGCAGGUGCCAGGUCGACCUAUCAACCCUAAGCAGAGAGCAUACUCAUAAGCUGGAAUUAUCUCUGGAAGAAGGAGAAGGGUAUCUGGUACUACUAGUCACCUUGACUGCUUCUGCUGCAGUCAGCAUCUCUGACCUCUCAAUCAAUGCCUUGGAGGACCCAAAGGAACUGGAAGAAAUACUAAAGAGAUAUAGUCUACUGCGCAUGCUUAAUAACAUCAAAGAUGUGGGAUUUCUCCAAGUGAAGGUCAUCAGAGCAGAAGGAUUGAUGGCAGCUGAUGUUACAGGUAAAAGUGAUCCCUUUUGUGUAGUUGAGUUGAACAAUGAUAGACUGUUGACCCACACAGUAUACAAGAACCUUAACCCUGAGUGGAACAAAAUCUUCACCUUCAAUAUUAAAGAUAUUCAUUCAGUUCUUGAAGUGACGGUCUAUGAUGAAGAUCGAGAUCGGAGUGCUGACUUCCUGGGCAAAGUGGCUAUCCCAUUGUUGUCUAUUCAAAAUGGUGAACAGAAAGCCUACGUCUUGAAAAACAAGCAGCUGACAGGGCCAACAAAGGGGGUCAUCUAUCUUGAAAUAGAUGUGAUUUUUAAUGCUGUGAAAGCCAGUAUACGAACAUUAAUGCCUAAAGAGCAGAAGUAUAUUGAAGAAGAGAACAGAAUUUCUAAACAGCUUCUUCUAAGAAACUUUAUGCGCAUGAAACGUUGUGUCAUGGUUCUCAUAAAUGCUGCCUACUACAUAAAUAGUUGCUUUGACUGGGAUUCACCACCAAGGAGUCUUGCUGCUUUUGUGCUGUUCCUUUUUGUGACUUGGAAUUUUGAGCUCUACAUGAUUCCUCUGACCUUAUUGCUACUGCUGGUGUGGAAUUACUUCUUGAUCGUAUCAGGGAAAGAUAACAGGCAACAUGAUACAGUAGUGGAGGACAUGCUAGAGGACGAGGAAGAAGAGGAUGACAGAGAUGACAAGGACAGUGAAAAGAAAGGAUUUAUGAAUAAGCUCUAUGCCAUUCAGGAAGUAUGUGUCAGUGUCCAGAACAUCCUUGAUGAAGUGGCUUCCUUUGGAGAAAGGAUAAAGAAUACAUUCAACUGGACUGUUCCAUUCUUAAGCUGGCUGGCCAUUGUUGCCCUCUGUGUGUUCACAGUCAUCCUGUAUUUCAUUCCACUGAGAUACAUUGUCCUUGUCUGGGGUAUCAAUAAAUUUACAAAGAAACUUCGAAGUCCAUAUGCAAUUGAUAACAAUGAACUGAUAGAUUUCCUCUCCAGAGUUCCAUCAGAUGUACAAAUGGUGCAGUACCAAGAACUGAAACAAGACCCUACCCACAGUCCAAGUAAGAGGAAGAAAAACAAUCCUGGCUAGUCCAUUCCAUAUCCUGAGGAGACCAACAUCUGUUUGAGGGGGCUGAAAACAAAACCUAAGGAGCUUUUCCUCUCUCUAAGCUUUAUUUAUUUUGCCUUUUAAUCAUAAUGGGGAAAGGUGUUAAAAUAGCUGUACAAAAGGAUUUAUCAGUAAAAACAAACUUUCGGUCAUAUGGAACUAUAAUGAAAGUUUCAGAUCUACCUGAGAUGGAAGCUUUGUUAGAUGAGAGCUCAUUUAUAGCAUGAAUGUAAACUGGUUAGUGAUAGACUCAAACAAUUGGAUAAGCAGGAGUUGUAGUAAUUUGAAUGUUUAAUUCAUGCUCUGGUUACUUUUUUAAAAGCUCUGUGAAAGUUUUGCAUGAAUCACAUUUAUAUCCAUUUUUUUCAUUUUUAUUAAAUUAUAUUUUGUACAUUUCACCAGAAUUAUAAAGGAGAAAAAGCUAAUUCUUACAUUUUAUCCAAAAUCAUGGUCUUAAACUUCUACCCUCCUCUAAAUAAACAAAAGUUUUUUUUAAAAAAAAACUGACCAUGGCUUGCAUGAAGGCAAGUAAGGUAAACACUAAAUGUAACUGGACUCAAAAGAUUGAAAAUUUUUCUGAACACUUUUAUCAUUCCAUCACAAGAAUGUUUGAGGGGAGAAGUACCUGUACCUAAAAUACUGCCAGGUUUAUAACUGAUUGCAUAUCUAACUUUUUAUAUUUCCACCAAUUUUGAUUUAUACUUAACUAGCCUAGUGAACAACAGUCAGUAUAUAAUUCAGCAGUAAAGUAACUAUCAAAACAAAACCAUAUUGCUUCAAGUGUCAGAUUAUGAAAAUUCUUUGCUUCUAAAGCCAUUUUAGGCUUUAUAAUAUAACACUUUAGCAGUUACUCUGGCAGAAUGAAAAUAUGAUGUGGGCAGAAUCUUUGUGACCUGUUUUGUUCCUUUAAUUUAAUCAUCUUAUUUGUUCUCCAGAUAUUUAAGUGCCCUCUGUAUGUGGAAAACAUUUUAUAAAUUGUGGCUGAUAGAAAAAUAUGGUUUACAUUUCAAAAUAUUGCCAUUGCAUUAUGAGAACUUAGAAAUACAUAAAUAAGCUAUGACUUGUAAUAAUCUUGAGUUGACUCUGCAUACCUAAGGACCUUAUAAAUACGAUAUUAAAUCUGUUACUGCACUAGUAGAAGUAGUCUCCUGGUGCAACCAGAUUUUUCCCCCUUUCUUCUCUGGAAACCCUUAGCACUGCCAAUCAGGAUUUCCAGAAGCAGAUUUUAGGAUGUGCAAAGGUCUUUGCUGGGAAGGGAGGAGGAGGAGGAGAAUUUACCCUCUAUUCUACUGAUGGAAGCAGCUCUGUCAGUGGAUUGACGCCGCCGCUGGAUACUAUCCAUUGUCCUUGCAAAUGCUUUUUGGGGAGAGAGCAAAGGACCAAGUAAGGAUGAAAGGAUCUUUUCCCUCAGGGGAGUAAAGAUGAUUCCAUGCUCUUCAUACAGGGCAAUGAGUCUGAAUUGUGGUUGCCUAUCAAGUUCUAUUGCACUACUAUGAUACUUUUUUCCAGAGAGAUAUUAACCAACAUAUGCACAGAAAAAUGUAUAUAAAUUAAUUUAAUUCUUAAAAUGCAUUUCUCAUGAAAGCUGAUUUUUCAGAUUAUUUUUAUCUUGGUUCCUUUGUAAGAAACAGCAACAGAUCUCUAUUUUGAUCUUGCCUAUUUAUACAAUAUGCUUGAAAGGAUGCCAAACAAGUUCUGUAUCUGCAGGGAAGGCUUGUCCUAGACAUGUUCUGGCUGUGUAGCCAGGUGAUUGUGACUUAUUUAUUAUGCACAUAUAUAUGCAGGUCCUGUCUGUCUGUUUUAUUGCUGAUGAGCAAUAUGCCAUUAACGAAUUCAUCCUAUUGAAGAAUAUAUAUUGAUGUGAAUUUUCAUUUUUAUCUGUACUAUUUUGUUCACUGUGAAAACAUGCUAUGUAAUACAUUUUCUCAGAUUUGUUUAUUUGCUAUCCUCUAACAUUUUUGAACAUUUCUUUCUUCCUGUAAAAAAUGCUUACCUAACUUAUUUAGGCCAUUAAACUCAUAUGAGAAACUA